AUGCAGCCCAGGACGACAAUAUGUUCAAAGAGUGAGCCCAGCGCAUCACCGUGGCGUGAAGUCUUUGGGUUUUCACGGGACCGGCAGUGUUGGGAUUGCAUGCACCUUGUGCACUUGGGUUUUCUGCGAGAUAUCACCGCAAGCUGCUUAGCAGACAUGUUCCAAACAGGAGACCUGGCGGAUUAUGUGAAUCUUGCUCCCGGAGCAUCUGCUGCGCUUGUUUUCUGGAGGGUUGGUGCGCUGGCUGAACAAUGGGCCAAGCAAAACCAACUUGAUCUUGGGGCUGUCCGGCUUACAGAAGAGCGGCUGAACUACACGCAAACCACAUACCCAUGUUUGGACAGUUUGGUGAAAGCAGCGCGCGGCAGAGUGCUUUUCGAAUAUGUCUGCAAGAUCUGCUUGGAUGUGGAACGCAACUUGCCUGCAGAUCGACCUGCUUCAGACAUAUACCAUUCGCAGUUGAGAGCUUCGAUGUGCUGGUGCCUUUCUGCUUGUCUUAGCAUUUGGUCGAAAGGCAAAAAACCAAAGUUGUCACAACAAGAAAAAGAAAAGUCAGUGUGGCUCGGCCGCUCUCACUUAGUGUGCUACGCGGCUCUCGCUGCUGGUGCACUUGCUCAACAUCAGUUGCUGUACAAGGUUCGCCCAAAAUGUCAUUACUUCGAACAUGCUUUAGAUGAAUGUGCAUUGUGGGGAAACAAUCCCUUGAGUCAGUCCAGUUUUUUGGAUGAAGACAACAUGAAGAGCCUCAGGAACCUGGCAGUUAAAUGCCACCCAAGGACCGUAAAGGUCACGUGGGCCAGGCGUUACAUUUUAAAGAAAGUGCUGCUGUGGCACAAACUCAAAGCAGAGUGA